AUGAUGCCGUCCAAAGAUGGUGGCUUCAUUGCAACGAUCCAGCAAGGCUUUCAAGGAAUAUUUGGCCAUUUGGCAACCUCUAAAGAGGAGGUCCUCAAGAAGCGGGGUCCCAUGUCAGCGGUGGAAUACGAGGCGGUUCCUGGAGAUGAUCUCGAUCAAAGAGUGCAGUUUUUUGCUAGGCAGAUCCCAGAACACUUAGGAGAGUGGCUGAAAAUCUAUCGAAAGGCUCGUGGAGAAUAUGAGGUGAGUGGCGAGGUGGUGCGUAUGGCCUGGCAAUCCACUGUGGGGCCACCCACGCCAGAGAUGCCCGAGGGCAAGAUUCUUCGCGAGGUCUUUGUCUUUGCCGAGUCUGAAACGAAUAGUGACGUGCCUGCAGAACCACUGCAUCUCUACUUGAGGCAUUCUGCCAACGUGGCUUAUGAUUUGCACUUUGGCAGUGCUAUGAUGAAGGUGCCUGAACAGAAUCGCCUGUCCUUCGCUGAAGAAAUUGGGACACUACUGAAAGACAGCGAUGCAGAUUCGAAGUACAAGGUGUGA